CCUGGUGGGAGCCCUGUGAUCGUAGAGUGUGAAAACCAGCUGAGCGGCUUGCUUUGCCGGCACGUUCUUUCAGGGAGUCCUUGCUCACACACGCCGUUUCUUCAACGUUUAAAGACGUUUCACGCCAAGACGCCUUGGAUUUAACACCUGUGCAGGUAGAGCAAGGUGUCGGUGCUCAGGUGAGCAGCAGCCACAUGCUCCAGGUGCCGUAGGUUCUCCCAGGUGACAUCACGUGUACAGCACACCUGUGGUCGUGAGUUAAGGAUUUCGUCACUUGAAAAUCGGGACUGAGAGAAGAAGCUGUUGCAAGUGAUACCUUUGAGGGUCAGCUGCACUUUUCACUGGGAAAGGAAAUAAGUGUAAAGACUGCUGGGUUGAGGUAGCAAAUGCUACAUCCAAGCUGGUAGCUGAUUUGAUGACUCCACUGUAGCACAGCAAGCCAAGACAUUCCUGCAUAUAACUGCAAAGAUCUGUGCCAGAUGAACUGGUGAAUACAUGAUGUGUUUGCUGAAUACGCCGAGGCUAAAUCUACUGCGGUGAGACUAAAUCAACCUGUACGAUGAACUUCUACUCCAAGUUCCAGGUGCGAGGGCACCGUACGCCGCGGGAGGCGUCCCACGAGACAGCCCUCAGUAUACUCCAUGAACGCAUGGGUCUCCUCCCGGACCCAACGGUUGCCUCCGUGAACACGCUCAAACCCACGCUCAUGCAGCUGGCCUUCUUCUACCUGUGGAUUACAGCGAUUGUUGUCCUAAUCAUCAGGCUUGUGUACAACAGCAGGACUUGGUUCUAUCGUACCAGGGAUAGUAACAGUAACAGUAACAGUAACAGUAACACGGAAAAUGAGCAAGACGGCUUUGUCGAGGUAAAGGUAUCAGACGGCAAUGUCACCUCAACACCCGAGUUAGUGACUGUCGUAGUUGAGGACAAAAACGGGAAGCAGGCAAGAAGCAGUGACGACGGGAAAGUUGCGAUUGCCGUGAAAGAAAUCGACGCAAAUUCUCCGAAAGACGGCGAACAGUCGGCAGCGAAAACCUUCUCUAAAGUCAAGCCUGCGCCAAAGUUGGACGACCUUCUGAAGUAUCUGGUGGUGUUUGGAGGAAUCCUGCUGUACUUUUACCUGUGUGAUUAUGAUCACAUCUUCCCCAGACAAGAACGGACGUACUCCAGGGACCUGUUCUUGUUCCUGUGCUUCGUCUUGUUUGCCGUGGCUGGAGGCUUCACCUGCAAACCCUGCGACAGCAAAAUUCUCAACAGGGAUCAGACAGAGGAGUGGAAGGGUUGGAUGCAGGUUAUGUUUGUUUGGUACCACUACUACGCAGCCAAGGAGACCUACAACUACAUCAGGGUCUUCAUCGCUUGUUACGUGUGGAUGACAGGAUUCGGAAAUUUCUCCUUCUUCUGGGUGCGGAAGGACUAUUCCCUCUGGAGGCUACUGAAGAUGCUCUUCCGCCUCAACUUCCUGGUGGUCUGUGUCUGUGUGGUCACCAACAAUGAGUACAUGCUGUAUUACAUCUGCGCCAUGCACACGUACUGGUUCCUGUCUGUCUACGCCUUCAUGCGGAUUCUGUCCUCCUGGAACGAGCACCGCUGGAGGAUGGCGGCCAAGUUCCUGGUGUACUUCGUCUGUAACACCGUCAUCUUUGACGUUCCGCACGUCGGGGAAACGCUGUUCACUCCGUUCAAGUUCCUACUGGGGUACAAAGGAGGCAUGCACGAGUGGAUGUUCCGAGCUGGACUCGACCACCACGCAACUCUCCUGGGGAUGCUCUGCGCGUACAACUACCCAAACUACGAGAAACUUCUCAACUACCUGGAGAAGAAGUUUGCAGACCCAAACGAACAGAGAUUGGCCGUGAUGAUCAAGUUUGUGCUUAGCACCGUGUUCCUCGUAGCUGCAGUAAUAUGGCAUACAUCGAUUGCGUCGAAAGAAAAGUUUGAGUACAACGCCAUCCAUCCAUACACAUCGUGGAUCCCGAUUCUAUCUUACAUCUUCUUCAGGAACCUUUUUCCACUGAUGAGGUCCUAUCACCUUGACUUGUUCGCUUGGCUUGGAAAAAUCACACUGGAAACCUACAUCUCUCAACUCCAUGUCUACAUGCAAGACAACGCCAGGCAGCUCAUUGUAUACAUUCCAGACUAUCCACUCAUGAACUUCGUAGUUGCUACGAUCAUCUACAUAAUGAUAUCCUACAUCCUAUUCCACUUGACAACAGAAUUCAGUGCAUAUCUCCUACCCAAGGACCUGAAAGUCGUCCUGAAAAAAGUGACUGUUCUAACCAUACUGAUAUGCUUGGCUACCCUCCUAGCAUUUGCUACAAGAGAAAUAGGGUUGCUAUGAUAUACAAUAGUUCUUAAAGAUUAUAUAUAGCUUUCUAAAAGAGUAUUUAUUUUAUAAGCUGCUAGCCAGCUACUAUAUAUAGCCAAUGAGAGUGCAGCAAUGAUGCUUUGAGCCAUCCAAAAUGUGCAUUCGCAUUGUUGAAAUAUCUGCUUUUAUGGAGUCUGAAAUGUAUCUUCUUGUUCAAGAGUUAAAGUUGUUUGCAAAUCUUUAAAAGUUUAACUUAAUGUGAAAAUGUCUUUUAGUAUGUGUUAUGAGACAUGAUGUUGCUUCAUGCAAGAAGUUGAAUAUGAAAUAUUCUGUCUGCAGUUCGUUGUGGGUCCAUAUUUUUUGUUGUUCAUAUUUUGGUUCACAAAUGACGGUUUUACAUGUGAAUGUUUCAAUAAUUUGCAGUACAGGGAAGUGGUAAAAUGUGUUGAAUCAUUGAACAGCAAUCUAUUCUUGCCUUUUAAUAUCUCAACGACUACUGCAGCAAGCUACAACAAUGGUUUCAAAAGUAAACAGUAAAUGGAUUUGUAUUGAUUUGGUAUAGUGUGGUCAGAAUGGCAGUCUUCAUGUAAUUUUGUGGUAAUGCUUGUGUAAUAUCUAAUAUACAACUAAAGAGUUAAUGAUGCAUAUCAUGCAUGCAUCUACACCACGUAUGCAUUCAUAUUGUCACUUUUACAUGGAGAUAUCUGUUAUUGUACAAUAUAUGUUGGAGAUUCUUUGGUUUUCCUCAUUACUGGUGAUGUUUAUGUUUGACUCUACUGAGAA